UCAGCAUUACACAUCAGAAGAAAAGCAACGUUGCGACGUUACGUCCAAAGCCUUUAUCCACUUUCAAACUAUUUCAUUUCCAAAACCCUAAACCAUAUUUCACUCAAUCUUCGGUGAAAUCUUCCCGAUGGGUCUCCUCUCAUGGUGGAAAGGCCAAUCUCCGCCAUCGGACUCCAAUUCCAAGCCACCGCCUCCUCAGAAGAAUGUCUCUCAACCUGCCGAAGUCCCCGGCCUGAAUGGCGCCGUCGAAGUUCCCCGACCGGCUGCCACUGUGACGGUCUUUGAGUUCGGCUCCGUUUCCUCUUCCUCCGACAAGGUCACUCUCGCCGGUUACUGCCCCGUCUCCGAUGACCUCGAGCCCUGCCGUUGGGAGAUUCUGCCGGCAAGCGGCUCCGAUGCGCCUCUUUUUCGCGUUGUCUUCUGAGGAUGCUUGAGAAUCUAUCAGGCGAUCUGACACUAACACCUAGCAGGUUUCACUUUCUCAUUAACUUGGAGUGGCCAUAGACGAACUAUAGUUUAAUGACUAUUACUCUAACUUAUUUUGAGUUAUGAACGCUGCACUGAUAAAAGAGUGAGUAGACAUUGAAUCAAAUAACACCCUAGUAGAGCUUCUAAGAUUAGGUAGUGUAUUUGUCACCACUACACUAGAGUUGUCAGUUUCUUGCUGGGUGGUAGCAAAUACUUUUCCUUGUUGAUGGAUUUGACUUGCUGUCCUAGUUUGCCUAGAAUUCAAGGGUUGCUUCCGUCUAUCCUUGGUAACAUUCCCAACAAAAUUCUCUGUCAUAUGCCUUUUCUGGCCCCAUCUAAAGCAUGCACCAGUUUGUGCCAAGCAUCGACUCUAGUGGCAUCGUCCACAUGAGCUGCACAUUAGCUUAUCGUCACCAGUGCCUUCUUGUCUGGAGGGUUGCUGCUUUCUGCCCACGAGUUGGUCGUGGCAUUUUUUGAGUAAUAUUGAUCCAAAGGGCUCUUGGGGCUCAUUAUGCAUUAUGUUAUCUAUAGAACGUUUGUCUUCUUGGUGUCAAUGUCUACUAACUUUGGGAAAAGCGAGGAAGUUUUUUGAACUAUUUUGUUCGCAUCCAUGGAUUUGUCGCUUUGUUGGAGAUGCUUGAAACUACCGAGCUAUAGUAGUGAAAUACUUCCUGUAGAAUGCUUAUCUGAAUUGCGCCAAGUGACUGGUUCAUUACGAAAUGGCGAUGUAUCUCUUUGCUAACUCGUACCCAAAAAAAAAAAAA